ACAGGCCUGGAGGCAGAAGGCUGACUGAAGAAGAGUCUGGAGGCUCGGGUGGCUGCAGCAGAGAAAGCAAGGGGGUGGGUGGCAGGACGUGAGGUCAGAGGAGAAUGGGCGGCACCCUGUGGCUCACAGAUCCUUGAAAGGGUUUUGGUUUUGACUGAGCAGAACGGUGCCAUUGCAGAUCAACACGCACUUUAAAUAAUCAAAACCCCUUAUCUUUCCCCUGGGAAGGAGGAGGCCGAGGAAGGCUGUGUUUCUGACUCACACCGGGGAGUCGGGGGAGUCGUAAACAACCCCGAAGAGAACAGCCAGGCCUGGUGAGUCACUCCUGGGAGUGGCUCCUCCCCACCCUGCCACGCAGUGGCAACUGCGGGCUGGGCCUACCCCCUGGUGGCCACGCUCCCUCCGCACCCAGCCUCUCUCUGUGGCAUGGGGGCAGCCGUGCCCCUUGGUGGAGAUGAAUGGGAGUGGAGCUGGGCUGGCUGGGCAGGCAGGGGCUUGCCUCUUGCUGACUAAGGCAGCCCUGGAGGGGCCCGACCAUGGGGCAGGGACCCAGUUGCCAUCCCCAGAGCGAGGAUCAUUGGCCGGGCUCGGGGAUGGGGGCCCCUGUGGUCCUGGCACGCCUGGUCCGUGAGACUGUACUCUGCACGACUCCUCCAGGUGGCCAGGGUCACCGGAACUGGCUCGCUCCCCUCUGCCAGUUGCCGGAGGUCUGGGCACCAGGCCAAUUCUCACCUUCCCACCAGGGUUAAACAUUAGUGGGAGGUUAUCAGCGUGGGCCAGGGAGGGAGAGGGGGGAAUUCAACUCUGUCUCCUCUGCUGGAGCCGCCAGUUCCCGCAAGCCCAGACAAUGCCGGUGGAGGAAUUUGUGGCUGGCUGGAUCUCUGGAGCUCUGGGCUUGGUCCUGGGACACCCGUUUGACACUGUAAAGGUGAGGCUGCAGACCCAGACCACCUACCGGGGCAUCGCUGAUUGCAUCGUCAAGAUUUACCGCCAUGAGUCCCUCCUGGGCUUCUUCAAGGGAAUGAGCUUCCCCAUUGCCAGCAUAGCUGUGGUCAACUCUGUCCUGUUUGGGGUCUAUAGCAACACCCUGCUGGUGCUCACGGCCACCUCCCACCAGGAGCGGCGGGCCCAGCCGCCCAGCUACACGCACAUCUUCCUAGCGGGCUGCACCGGGGGGUUCCUGCAGGCCUACUGUCUGGCUCCUUUUGACCUCAUCAAAGUCCGGCUACAAAACCAGACAGAGCCAAGGGCCCAGCCAGGGAGCUCCCCACCCCGGUACCAGGGACCCGUGCACUGUGCAGCCUCCAUCUUCCGGGAGGAGGGGCCCCGGGGGCUGUUCCGAGGAGCCUGGGCCCUGACACUGAGGGACACCCCCACAGUGGGGAUCUACUUCAUCACCUAUGAAGGGCUCUGUCACCAGUAUACACCAGAAGGCCAGAAUCCCAGCUCAGCCACGGUGCUGGUGGCAGGGGGCUUUGCAGGCAUUGUUUCCUGGGUGGCAGCCACGCCCUUAGACGUGAUCAAGUCCCGGAUGCAGAUGGAUGGACUGAGACGCAGAGUGUACCAGGGGAUUCUGGACUGCAUGGUGAGCAGCAUCCGGCAGGAAGGACUGGGGGUCUUCUUCCGGGGGGUCACCAUCAACAGUGCCCGCGCCUUUCCCGUCAAUGCUGUCACCUUCCUCAGCUAUGAAUAUCUCCUCCGCUGGUGGGGAUGAGCCCUGCAGCAAUGCCAGCGCUCCCCAUCAGGCCCACGGCCCGGAGGCCAGUUUGAGAUUGGAGGCCAGGUUGAAAGCUUGCAAAUCAGUGCAAGAGGCUCAGCCCUUCCUAACCAAGGUGCCUCCCACCCGCGCAGAUCUGGGCUGGACAGAUACCUGUGGGAGCUGGAAGCCAGGGGGCCUGUGCAGCCUCCCUGUGUAGCUGGCCUUGACUCCUUUGCCUCCCACAUCUGUGAAACAGGGAGCAUGAGGCACAAAUGAGCUGGCAAGUGGUGCUGGUGACAUCCCAGCCCCUGUCCUGUGCCUUCACCUCUUUUUUUUUUUUUUUGAGAUGGAGUCUUUCUCUGUCACCCAGGCUGGAGUGCAGUGGUGUGAUGUCAGUUCACUGCAACCUCCGCCUUUCCACCUUCCGGGUUCAAGCAAUUCUCCUGCCUCAGCCUCCCAAGUAGCUGGGACUAUAGGCGCCCGCCACCACGCCUGGCUAACUUUUUGUAUUUUUAGUAGAGACAGGGUUUCACCAUGUUAGCCAGGAUGGUGUCGAUCUCCUGACUUUGUGAUCCACCCGCGUCGGCCUCCCAAAGUGCUGGGAUUACAGGCAUGAGCCACUGCGCCCGGCCGCCUUCACCUCAUAAGGAGCUCUGAGACUCCGCUUCUGAGAGUCCCUGCGGCCUCCCACCUCCCUGCCUUUCAAAGCUCUCUCCCCCAUGACCCAGGAUAACCCUAUGUCUCUUCCCCCAGAAUCCUUCAGUGGUUCUCAUCACCUUCAGGAAAAGCCCAAACUCCUUCCACCCUCCAGGUUCCUCCCUCCCCACGAGGCUUUGUUCUCCUGGGGUUGCUUCCUGGACCCUGAACAAGUUGUCCUCUCAUUGGCCGGGCCUGGCCAGCAGUGCACAGUGCCCGGCAGGAUGACUCCACCAUCCCCCGGGCUGGCCCGGCUCUCCUCCGAGACCCAGGCUGAGCCCAGUCUCCUCGCCCUUCCUUGACUUACCUUCCCCCACCUGAGGCUGACUUUGGGGUUCCCAGACACCCCACCCGCACACAUGCCUUGAUCAUAGCACUUGCCUGCGUGUCUUCAGAGUCGUUAAUUUGCUUCUCGGCUUCCCCACUGGACUGUGAGCUCCCUGAAGUCAGGGAUUGCGCUUUGGAUGGUUUCCAGCCUGAGCCUGGUGCUUGAACAGACGUGUGCAAUAAAUGCUCGUUAAAUGA